CCCGAAUAGAUUAGUUUCAAUUUCAAAUAUAGACUAGGGUCUAAAAUCUAGAUCUAGAAUAAAUGUAUAAAUAUCUAGAUCUUUUUAGCACCAGAUCUAUGUCUACAUAAAUCUAAACCUAGAUCUAGAUCUAGUAUAAAUAAUAAAGUGAUUCCGCGAAACUCUAGACAAGACAGUCUAUCUAGAGAUUAUCUGAAUCUCUAGCUAGAUCUAGACUAAUACGAUACUGUUGCUUAACUACACUAUGAAAUAUGAAUGCUGGAUUGUGAAGCCCACAUCCUAUAGAAGUCAUUGUGGGAUAAAGGGAAUGGCAGCUAGAACUUGUUAAGAUCAAAUUUUAUUUGCUUCGCUAUUUAAAAUCAUGGAAAAUAAAAUGCUGUCUGAGUGCCUCUGCCCAAUAUGCAUUAGCAUACUCAUCGAGCCUGUGACAAUGCCCUGCAACCACUCACUUUGUAUGCCCUGCUAUAAGGAAACAGUGGAAAAAGCCAACCUGACAUGUCCAGUCUGCAGGAAGCGCAUUUCUGUUUGGGCCAGAAAAGCUGCCAAGAAUAAUACAUUGAUAAACAUGCAAAAGUGGAAAGCCAUCCAGGAAGCUUUCCCUGAAAAAGUGAGGCACAGGCUGGAAGGCAGUGAAGAGAGCAACAGUGAGAGUGAAGAAGAUAAUUUUGAAGCCCAGCUAAGAAGACUAAAAGAACUUUCUGAACCUGGAGAGAUCAGACAAGAAUAUGAAGCUGCUCUUGAGAAGAUUCGUCAACAAAAAGUAGAAGAGGCAAAGAAAGAAGAGGAGGCCAGUAGAGCACUCAUUGAAGCUCUGCAACAGGAAGAAUUAUUGGAGCUAGAGAGAAUGAAGUCAGAGAUGGUGGAAAUGGAACACGUCGACAGACAGAAAGCACUGGAGCUUGAAAAGAUUGGAAAGUCUCAAAAAAAUGGCAUCCUUCUUAGUCCUGCGAAUGCAAAAUCUUUGAAACAGAAAAGUCUGAAAAAGAAAAAACAAAAGACUCUUUCACCAUCUUCUAUGACUUUGACAAAAUUCUACCCAUCUGUCCCUCGUAAGACCUUGAGUCCACUUCACUUGCCUGACCUUGAAGAUGUUCCUCACAGCUCUGACCACAACAAGAGGCGGAAGAUAUGCACUGACCUGCCUCCGGGCCUAGCAGAUUUUUGUUGUUAUGAUGUAGGUGAAAACGUUGAAGAACCAACAUCGCUGACAAAGUUCAACCACUUAGAGCCGGGACCGAGCAGAGUUACACAUUCCCAAAUUGAUAAUGGAGCUGAUAAUGAAAGCUCUUCAAUUAGCCACCUGCCUAAGAAGUUAAACAUUUCUUCUUAUCUUCCUGUAGUACUUUGUGAAAAGAAUUUGAAGCUGAAGAAAUUCAUUCAGAGUUGCACAACUAACAACUGUCUUUCUGUCUCUGACAGUGACAGUGAGACUUUACAAAUGUCAACAAAUGACUCUGUCCUGGCACAUGAUAGUGAUAGUGAGACGUCAGACACGACCCUUAAUUACAGUAAUGUUGACAAUGUUGAAAAAGUCAAUAAUUCUGCCAAGCAAACUGAUAGUGGCCCUGCUGAACUCAACAAUAAUGGCUCAACUAGCCCCACUAAGUGUGAAUCUUCCCAACUCACAGAAAACAUAUCAGCUGAACCUGCUGGUGAUAGUUCAGCUCAUGAUGAUCUUACACUUGCCAGUAGUAAUAAUACAUCUUCAGGGAACAGUGAUUUGGUUUUACCCACUAGCAGUGGAGCUAUGAAAAAGCGAACACAUAAAAGAGUAUUAAACUGUACGUCUGUCUUGACGCAUUUUAAUGAAACUGCAAACAAGGGAAAAAAAGGGACACCAGACAUCAUGGUGAAAUCGUUGAAUAUACCUGGGGGAGAAAGUGCUAAAACAUUAGAAAAACAAUAUUUGCCAGUUGAGGAUUCGUAUUUAUCACAAGAAGAAUCUGAUCGUUUAUUGGCUUUAAAGUUACAAGAAAUGUAUGAAUUAAUGGAUAAAAAGAGGAUAGCUGUUGAUCGCUUCGAGGGGUCCAGCAAUGAAUAUACAUUGCGAAGAAAGCGUAAAUGUGAUGAGUGACUGUUACAUUGUGUUGUUUAUUAGCUCAGUUGUUUUAAUUUUAAAUACAUCAGCAUGUAUGGUUUUAAACCAGCCUUUCUGACUGGGACAAGUCGUCUAGUUGACAUAGUUCCUCUGUUCAGUUUACUACUUAUUGAGGUUGUGACGUCAAAUGACAGGUACCUAGUAUUGUUAAGUAGCUAUGCUGUUCUAACUUUAAAUGCAUAAGCUCAGUUGUUUUACUUGCACAGACACCAGCAUGUAGUUUCUUCUUCAUUUCUCUGUGGGACAGGGUUUGGGUUGACAUAGUGUCUGUAUUUAUUUCAUCACAUAGUGAGGUUAUUGAAAUAUUUGUGACAUUUUCAUCUGCUAUCCAAAGCAAGAUCUAAUUAUGACUCUGGAAUUUUUUAAAAGUUGAAACUAUUGUUUGUAUAUUUUUCUUACUCUGAUGAAAUAUGAAACUUUGUAUGGCUUGAUCAAAUCUUUGAAAGUUCUUUUAAUUCCUUAAAGUUUGGACUUCCUCGUGUGAUAAGUAACACUUCAGAUAUACCAAUCAAUUUUUUAGAAAUGUUAACAAUUUGUUAUUAAAAAAUAACAGAGUAGAUUUAUUAAUGGUUUCAUUUAAUCUCAAGGACUGUAUUGGUUUAGAAAACAACAAUAUUGGAUUAACUAUCUAGAGUCAACUAAAAAAUCCUUAUUUUUGCAUUUGGCAAUAUUUACCAAAAAAAUGUAAUGAAGUGCCUUAACAGCAGAUAAUUUCAGAUGUCUCUUGCUCUAGACAUCUUAAAUUUGAAAGGAAAAUGGUGAUAUGCUGUGUACACUAUGUUUUUUAAACUAAUUCUUAUCCUAAAUGGCUGUUUUGUUUUAUCUAAAUCUAAUUUUGUACAUAAGAAAAGUUUUUUUUUUCAUUAUGUCUUUGGAAAAUGGUUUUUAAAAAUAAAAAAAAGAAUUGCUAGUUAAACACACAAAAAAUUGGAUAUUUUUAACUUUGUAUUUUGAGUUCUAUUCUUAACAUGAAUAUAUUGGUUUAGAAAACAACAAUAUUGGAAUAACUAUCUAAGUCAACUAAAAAAUCCUUAUUUUUGCAUUUGGCAAUAUUUACCAAAAAAAUGUAAUGAAGUGCCUUAACAGCAGAUAAUUUCAGAUCAAUCUCUUGCUCUAGACAUCUUAAAUUUGAAAGGAAAAUGGUGAUAUGCUGUGUACACUAUGUUUUUUAAACUAAUUCUUAUCCUAAAUGGCUGUUUUGUUUUACCUAAAUAUAAUUUUAUACAUAAGAAAAGUUUUUUUUUUCAUUAUGUCUUUGGAAAAUGGUUUUUAAAAAUAAAAAAAAGAAUUGCUAGUUAAACACACAAAAAAUUGGAUAUUUUUAACUUUGUAUUUUGAGUUCUAUUCUUAACAUGAAUAUAUUGGUUUAGAAAACAACAAUAUUGGAAUAACUAUCUAAGUCAACUAAAAAAUCCUUAUUUUUGCAUUUGGCAAUAUUUACCAAAAAAAUGUAAUGAAGUGCCUUAACAGCAGAUAAUUUCAGAUCAAUCUCUUGCUCUAGACAUCUUAAAUUUGAAAGGAAAAUGGUGAUAUGCUGUGUACACUAUGUUUUUUAAACUAAUUCUUAUCCUAAAUGGCUGUUUUGUUUUACCUAAAUAUAAUUUUAUACAUAAGAAAAGUUUGUUUUUCAUUAUGUCUUUCAAAAAUGGUUUUUAAAAAAAAAAAAAAAGAAUUGCUAGUUAAACACACAAAAAAUUGGAUAUUUUUAACUUUGUUUAACUGUGUUCUAUUCUUAACAGAAACAUGUUGGAGUGUUGUUCUAAUCUUGGUACAUGUUAUUUAAACAUCAUUCUUAUUAUGCUUGUCUAGAGUCGUCCCAUGGUUCCUCUUCAUUUUUAUUAAAAGAUUUUUUUUUUUUCA